AUGGCAGGAGUAAAAUUUAUUAGAGUUUGCGAAGAUGAUAAUGAGAGUCCCAUUGAGGUACCGAUUGAAGAUGAUGGCACAGUACUUCUUGCCACACUAAAGUCCGUGUUUCCAAAGUCAACUGGUCUCAAGUAUUUAGCUCCUGAUUCAGGUUGCCUGAGGGGUGUAAGGCUUAAUGAUGGAAAACUCUAUGCCCCAUCAGAUGGAUGGGUGCAUGUUUAUCAGUGUGCAUUACCUAGAGAAAAUAAGCGAAAAGGUAUAGAAGAGAAAGAUACUUACAGUUCGAAGUUUAAAAAGCUGGAGGAGAAGAAGUGCACAGACCUAAUUGUUUUAAACUUGGCGUGGAAAACUGAUGAAUCCACACUAAAGGAAUAUUUCUCACGUUACGGUGACCUCGUAACAGUUCAGGUUAAAAGACAUCCAGAUUCCAAUUUGAGCAAAGGGUACGGAUUCAUUCGGUAUAGCGAUAUGGAAUCGCAAAUUAUGUGUCUGUCUGAACGACAUAGUAUAGAUGGACGCUUGUGUGACGUCAGAAUACCCAUUUCCAAGUUGGAAGGAGAUCGUCAAGAAGUAAGCCGAAAGGUACAUGUGGGUGGAAUUACUGAGUCCAUUACAGCCUCUGUGCUAAGAGAUUACUUUUCACAAUUUGGUGCAGUACUCGAUGUAUUUAUUCCCAAACCUUUUCGUUCAUUUGCCUUCGUAUCAUUCGAAGAUCCUGAAGUUGCAGCGGAACUACUGGGAAAAGAUCAAGUUAUAGAAGGUGUUUGUGUGUCAAUCGGCUCUGCAGUCCCCAAAUUACACCCUCAGCAAAAUCGAAAUGGUCCUAUAUAUCCUAAUUCGCACUUUGGAAAUUCGCACAACCCUUGGGCUUGGCAAUACAACUCAGUAAUGAAUGGCCAUGGUUCACGUGAUUUCAACCCUGGUAUGUAUAAUUCCAUGCAAGGUUAUAAUAUGGCCGGCAAUACAACUCAUAUGCAAACAGAAUUAAUAUGUAGGGCUGAUGUACAGCCAAUUUUCUUAUAGCGAUAUAAAGUGGUACCGUCUUCACUGUGAAAACAAAGUGAUCUCAAGUCAGUUUUCAGAUACUUUACCAAACUAGGCACCUACAAAUAGAAAGGAGCAUAUAUAAAGGUUAGAUGUGGUGGAUACUGCUAAUACAUUGAUACUUCAAGUAUAUUGUGGCAAAAAUAUUCCAGGUGAAUGCUCAAAUCCAUUAUUAUGUUCUUGCUGUACCAUUUUAUUGGCAGUUAUCAAUAUAAUAACUACUCAAAUACUUCUUUCUUACUUAUUAUCCAUAAAGAUUUAUGGUUUGAUCAAUACGUACUCUUAAUUUUUUGUAUUUAAAAUUUUAAUCUAAUAAAUGUGUAUUUUCUAAAUUUAUUAUUCAUUUUCUCUUAUUCAUGUGGUUUUAAUAUUUAACGAAGUCGUUUGGGAGGUCUAAACAGAGGUUCUGUAUAUGCUGACACCCGUCAGUAAGAUUUACCUAUAAUCUCGGAGAAACUUAAUGAUAUUCAGCUCAUAAGUAAUCUAUAAUACCGGUUGCCAAAAGUAACUAAUAUCAUACCGUAUAAUCUUUAGUAUUUUGUUAACCUAUUUUCACCUACUCUUUCUUUGUUUCCUUGUCAGUAAUAUAAUAAAUAAAUGGUACUCUGUAAUUGUAUAUUAGUUCAGCAAUUGGGAUAAAAGUCACCUUUAGUCAAUGCUGUUAUUUUGUAUUAUAUUAAAGUGUCUUAUUGGUUUAUUGGCUAAAUAUCGUCGUCCA